AUGUCGAGGAUGGUUUCUACUUGGUCAUCACAGCGUGGCAUACAGCUGUUGCUACUGUUUUUCACAUUUCUGUCUUUCACAUCAUUGGUAGCAGCAUCCACACCAACCUCCUUCUGCAAAUGCACCUGUUUCUCCAAUAGUACGAUUAUCCCCCUCAAUCCCGCCAAGUCCGAAACCUCCUCAGGGAUCGACCACGUCCGCUUUCACGAGCGCGACUCUACCUCCGAAUUUGAGGAUGACUACAAACGAGCUCCGAAAUAUCGAUCGCUGAAUUGUAACGAUUGCAAUCGCAAGUUCUGUCUCGACUACGAGCUACCGACAUGCAAAGGCGCUAAGGAGGAAGAUGUAUACACAACAUGUUUCCAGCGAGAUUCACGAAAAGAUGAAACGGUGGUAUUCAUUUUUAUUUUUGCUACCGGUGGACUACUAGCUUGGGCAGCAUAUAAGCGCCCUCGCGGCCUUCGUGUGCCCUCUUUAGGAUUCAAAUCUACAACGAAAUCACAAUUCUCUCUCCAAAGGAAAGACUCUGUACCGUCCGAAGAGUCAAUCUCGAAACCGACAGCCAUCCCUACCCCUCCACCACCAAAGCCGGCGCCUCCGCCGGACAAGGAACUCCCACUUCCCCCGAAAGAGGAAAUACCAUCCAACCCAUACUUCCCUCCCAUCCGGAAUGCAGUCCCAGAACGACGCCCAAUUGAACGGGUCCCUGUCCCAACGCAGUCUCCCCCUCCUCGGACGACAGGCAUGCGAACCAAGAAAUCCCUGCCCGAUUUCCAUGCGCCUCAACAACCAACCCCAGUGACCCCUUCUCCCCCCCAACUUCCGACUCUCGUCCAGGCCCCGGCUCCAGUUCCGGCCUCAGUGCAGGCUCCAGUUCCAGUUCCAGCUCCAGUUCCAGCUCCAGCUCCAGCUCCAGCUCCAGCUCCAGCUCCAGCUCCAGCUCCAGCUCCAGUCCCAGCGGACGAGGACAACUCUCCCCAACCAGAAGACUUUAUCCCGACCCCAGAGAGUGCCGAGCCGCUAGGAGUGCCAGAACUAUCGCGCGAAGAGAUGGCCCCCUCUCCCUUUGUCCCACCGGAUGUCGAACCUGUGGCGCCGAAUUUGAACGAAAUACACCUCACAUGCUACCAGCAACAUCGCGCGAUGCCCGUGGCGCAGAAUACGUGGUGUCCGAUGCCGUGUAUGACCUGUCAGAAAUUUGACCUAGAGAUUCGGCACCGCUGUGUGUUCUGCUGUCUGCGCAUCUGCGAGUCCUGCUACCAGACCUUGCAGAAAUGCAAGAAUCGUUCAUUGGAGGAACUGGUUGAUCGAAUUGCAAGCUGA